GGCGCAUCGAUGAUGCCUUUCUUCCGCUAUUGUUUAAAUUGUAAACCGUGAACGCGCGCCAACGACCUGUUCAAUCAAAAUAUUGUGUAUCAAAAGCCUCCUAAAAAGAUCAUGUCACGGUGUAGAGGGGAAUAAUUGCCAAAAAUCUGGAGCUAAUUUUUGUGCGGGCCUUUCUCAUGGGUUAGGAAGCCAUGGAAGAAGUUUUGUCCAGCCUAGCUCACGAUGCCACGUCGAACAAAGUUAAGACUGUUCGGGACGCGUGUAUUUCGGCGACGGGUAAGCUACGUGCAGUUGGGAAAAAGUCUCUGCUGAAUGAAUCAAAGGCUGAUUAUCUCGGUUUUCGCUUUUCAGAUGGUUUAUUCAUCAAUCGUAAUGGAACGCGAAAAAUGCAACCACACGAGCUUAGGUAAGAAAUUCACAGUAAAGGCCCUCUAGCCUUGUCACUCUGCUACGGGUACGAAAGCGGAGGCAGUGAUGGAUGUUUUAAGAGCAGCUAAAGACAGCGUCCUGUUCUUUUUCUCAGGGAGAAGUGUUUCUUGCCUCUCAAACUUGCCCUGGAAUCAAGAUCAAGCAAAUUAUCUCUCCACGCCAUAAACGGACUACAGGUUAGGAACUUUUUUUCGUAAGAGACUUAUUUCAGGCUAUAAUUCUUGUUAUUUUCUGUUUUGCACGGUCAAUGAAUGGGAAUAGUGUUAUUAAUUAAUGAACGCCUUUGAUGAAAGGAGUUUGAAGUUAAACCAAUUCUACGGAUGAGAAAUCCGGGUCUUCGAGAAAACGAGCUAGAAUAUGGCACGAUAGAAAAAAAAAAGUACGUAAUUAAUCCGAGAAAACAAAUACCUCAUUUCCAUUACUAUUUAUUAGGAUAUCAUUUUAGGGAUGGAAACAAUAUUGAAAUUUGCCCCUCUAAUUUGAAUCUCUGCUGUUUCUAAAGUUUGAAUUCUUAUCAUUAACUUUCAUUUCCAUGACAAGCUUCCGUAACUUCGAUACAGGGUAUCAUUUGCAGAAAAAUGGAGCAUUAUCACCCCAUGAUGAAAAACUUUACAAAAAUACUACAAUAUAUAUUAACAGUGUUUAUGCCAAUAUGUCUCAAUUCCAACUCCGGUUUGUAUUGAAUCAGCUGACUGAAUAAUAAUUUACUUCUUAAUUUUCUAAAUUGAAUUUUUUCGCUCUUUCCUACCUCUGAUUAUUCUCUUUGCGCAUUAUUGUUUCCUCGAUUUUAUUAUCGCUUACAAAAAAGAACGUGUUUGUUUUGGACACUUUUCCGAGUACUUCGCACUAAUUCACACUUUUUGAGUUUCCACUAUCCUAUCUACAGGAGCGAAAUUUAACAGGCUUUCACUAAUGGGAGGUCCGAUCAUGAAAAUGGAGAACUUUUAACAUUCGUCUGACAAAACUAUUUGUUCAGGCUUCCAAAGUAGCUACAGCAACUGUCUUUACUUAAAGUGGCCUUCUUUUAGGUCUGUUAACCGUUUUUCUCAAGGAAAGCCGGAGAUUUUCUCGUUAUUAACGUGAAACUAUUAACCCUGCUCUUGAUCUAAACGAAAACAAGGCAUUUUUAGCUGAGUAAGUUUCAGAAAGAUUCUAAAGAAUCUCUCAUUUAUGUUUGGUCCACUAUAAAUAAUUUAUCCCAUCCUCGUGGAAUAGAUCAAUCGCUCGUAUUUACUAAUGUCAGCUUGAAAUGCGCGUUAAUUUUGGUGUUCUCUCUCCCAAUAACCUGUCGUUUACGAGAAAUUAAAAUUUGGACAAAAGUAGUUAACUCGGGCGAUCAAUUUUCUUAAAAUGCGAAUCUUUGUACCAAGUUAAUAUUCUUUCUUCGUUGGUAGGUAGAGUAAAUUGUACGCCGCGGCUUCCAUGUGCCACGUACAUCUCAAUAAAUUGGAUGCAACAUCUUGUUGCUCACGGAAUCCUAUAGUUGCGUUUGUUAUACAAAAUACCAGAAAAGGCUCGCUUUUCGCUAACGCGUCCCUGUCGUUUGAUAACCUGUUAUUGUCUAUUCAUGACUUUCAGGCUAGUUUCUCGUCCUUUUGUUCGUUACAAUCACCAUCACAAAAGUGAAUCAUAUGGCCCUGGUUUAAGCCCGUUGCGUUUUCGUCUUGAGUUAAAAAUUGAGAUUUGUUUUUCGUCUCAAAUGUAGGAAUGUAAACGCUCACUAAGAUAUCAAAUGCGUUUCGUCAAUAGUCCGAGAUUUAAAUUUCACACCAGCAUUUUGCCGGUCGUUUUAAGUGUCGAUACCUGUAAUAUUCGUCACCGGAGUGAAAAGAGAGUCUGUCUUAGUUUUAAGUAACGCUUCAAAUGACAUGAUUAUUGGAGUUAUAACAACCAAGUGAUUCAAUACCAUAAAUUAAUCUACAGAGUCUUCUCGCUUUUUUGUUGGUUUAUUUGUUGAAAAGACGUAGGGCUGAGAUAAAUAUUGCCUUUUUGCGUCAACUUUUGCACUUAAAAUUUUCCAUUGUUUAUAACAGAGUUCAUUCAGUUUCCAGAAUGAACAGGAGUUCGACUUCGAGCCAGGUUAUGUCCCCACUGAGAACGUUUAUUCUCUACCCGUCCAACCUGAGGUUUUGUUCAAACAUACUCCAUAAUUAUAAACGAAGGCAACGAAAACGUAAAAAGAGCGAACAAGGUCGAGCAGGCAAAACAACAACUUUGCACGUGCAGCAAAGUUUUUGGUACAUUUACUCGCCGUCACUGUAACUAUGACAAAAUGCAACUUUGCACAAAAUUUUCUUUCUCUUUCUGGACUGCAUUGCAAAGUUUUUCCAGAAGGGUCGCUAAGCUGUAGAGUCUUUGGAGAUUGAAAUGACUUUACAUUUUCGCCCCCCGUCACAUGGUAUCGAAACUAUGACGUUAAAAUGGGAGACCUUUGUGAAAAUAUUUUGAUUGCGUAAGCGAUGGCUUCAAACGGUUUAUGCGCUUACACCGCGAUCCCUUCAGUCGAAGCUCUUCUUGCGACCAUUCACCCAGCCAAAGCUUCACCUUGAAUUGCGAAACCCCGUUUGAAAAGCUUUGGUAAGCGAUGGCUUCGGUUUGCGCGGACUGCGAUCCCUUCUGUGAAAUUCCCUGCGGGUCUUUUCGUCUGCUUUUAAGUUCCCUAAAGAGACUACGUACUUAAUCCCGAGAGGUAACUUAUGGGAAGUUUGGUAGGGAUGUUUCGUUGAGGCCUUUAAUGUUAAGGGCAUCCUUACUUAUUAAAACUAGCGCUAAUGCAUCAGUCACUUCCACCUGCGCCCAGCCCCCUCCCCCCCCCCGGGCAACUGCGGGGCAUUUGCCCACCUUGUCAGUCCCGGGGGUGGGACAUUUGCAAAUGUUGCACUGCCCGGGGGCCAAGCAUUUGCCAACCCCCGGGCCAAUCCCGAGCUUUUGACACGCAUGCGUACGCGGUUCCCUAUCAGAAUAUAACUACAAAGAAGGUUUUACUGGAAGAAAAGCAGAUUGGCUCAUUUGUCAAGGACAGGAACAAAUUGUAGAGGGUUGUAACGGCAUGUUCUUGAUUUUACAUGUAUGUAUGCAUUUUUUCAUUGCUUAUCAAGCCAGAAUUACGUAGCGAAAUUGGAGCUAUCGAUGUGAAUCAACGUUUUUUAGUUAUUGAAUCAAAUUUCUGUUGAUAUUAUUUGAAGAACAUCCUUUCAUAUUUAUAAAACUAUUCAUAACAUAUAACUUUACAGCGCUCUUUUAAUUUUAAUGUCAAUAAUUUUAUACCAAUACUAAAACCAUAAACUGGUGCAUGUCGUCGCGGCGCAAAGUCUUAAUUAGAAUCCUCGCGCUAUUACAAAAAAAAAACGUUAAUUAAACCAAAAAAUCGCACAUUAAAAUGCUUAAAACGGCAGUAUUUGACUGUGCGAUCAAUAAAAAAUGUUGCAGUGUUGACGGAGGACGGGGCAUUUGCCCUCUUUUUUCGUCCCCACCCCGGGGGAUUUGACAGCUCAAGAGUCCUCACCCCCGGGAAUUUGCCAUCCAAGGCAAAAAAAAUGCUAAUGCCCGGGGGUCAGCCCGCGGGGGGGGGGGGGGGCUUGGCGCAGGUGGAAUUGACUGAUGCAUAAAGAAACCAUUACAAAAGUCAGAAUUCACAGUUGACGUAAAUAGCAGAGUUAAAACCUUGUCUUUCAGUCAUUGGUAUGAUGACCGAGCGUAAUCAACAUUCACACCAUAUCUGCAGUAGCAAUAAGAAUUUUCCAAGCUAAGUCCAUGGCAUUUUCAUCAGUUACAGUUCACAUGAUGUUCUACGUGGCUUUGCCGCGUUCGUGUAGUUUUGACAGUACGAAUACAGAAUUCAAAUAUUAGCUUUGUGUCAGAUACAGCAUUACAGUAACUUUUCUCUUAGUUAUUAGCUGUUACUUUCCUUUUGAAUUCUGUCUAAUAUCUUAAAAGCAGCAACUAAAUACGCUGUCAAUUAAACAUAUGGUCAUUUGUCAACAUGAUCGACAGGCAUCAUUAAAUGAAAACGAUGUGUUAUUUACAAUAUAGUGUUUCUCCUGUUAAUACUGCAACCGUCAUUAACACGUCGCUCCUACAUUGUCUAAAUCAAACUACUUCUAGAGCUUUUUUACUUCCUUUGACUUAAAGCAGAGCCACAACGCUAACAAUUAUGCGUAAAUCACCUGCUACCCAUGUCGAAUCACUUACACGAAACGGUAGAAGAAUUGCCUAGCUUGCAUACAGACGUCUCGACCGCAAGACCAAGAAAGUACCACAUUUUUGUAAAACAUCCAAAACCUGUGAUUAAUGCCAUGCUGAGGAAUGUUCUAUUUUUCCCGAGGUUUUACUUUGAUAGCGCUCUUCUAUCAAACUUCACAAGGUUUUUCUAGACAUGUUAUCUACAUCGCUUUGACGACUUUGAUGGCUCCCAAUAAUGUACCGACAAACUAAUUCUUCGAGUGCGAGCAUCCGUUUAUUUUAAUAAACCGAUGGUCACAGGAGCCCAUAACCCGGAGCGAGCAAUUCCCACACUAGGCCUAUGUUACGGCGUUUUUACGGACCAGUGUAUCUUUAGAUACAUUUUAGGGCACUUUUUCUAGUCUGCGUAGCAGGCGCUUGGAAUUAGUGGGUGCAAGAAAGAACUGGUACACCAGAGGGAGACACGCAUGUCUCCCUCUCACGCGCCCGUCUUGCGCCCACUACUAGAGCCUGCUACGCAGGCUACACUUUUUCCCACGAUAAUAGAAUCUCCACCAUGUCCUCUAUGAGCGCAUUCCAAGUCUAAGAUAUCAAAGAGGAAAACUAAACGUUAGGUUUUGCUGACUGAUUUGUCAAAUUUAAAAGAUAUUCAAAAUUCGCGCCAAAACCGUUCUAAAAAUAAACUGGUCCGUAAAAACGUCGUGACAUGAACGCAUGGAAGUUGCUCGCUCCGGGUUAUAGGCUCCUGAUGGUCAUAACUGAGCCCGCUGUACUGAAGCGCAGACAUAUUAGGCUCGAAGCUGUAUCCUGGCAACAUGCAGCGCAUGCUCAACAAAGAUCGUACUCUUUUCAGGCAAAGUCUUUCUCAAGUACGCCAAAAUCGAGCAAGCGAAAGAAGGGCUCUACUGGUAGGAUUCCAAUAAUGCAAAACAAAUCGAUCAAAAUCAAAACUUUCUUGGAGUGAAAGUCGUACAAGGAGUAGAAAAUAGGGAGCUUAAGCAACCACUACGACGACCACAACGACGACUUCAAAAAAACAAUAGGUUUAAUGAUCAAAACAACAGCUCUGCACGUGCAUCUCGCUUUUUAGUACAUUUCUUUGACGUCCACUGCACGACUACGACGUGAAAGCUCCUAAUUUGACGCUUUAUGGGGGACGUGGACAUACUACGACGAAUUUCCCUCCAUCUUUUUGAGACUGAAUAAAAUCCGUAAGAAUUCAACUACAGGAAAAGUCGCCUGCAUUUGACUUAUUGAGCGGAUCCAAAUAGACGCGAUUAAGUUUGAAAGAACUUAAAUUCAUUUUUUUACCAUCGUUUUCACUGCUGUCGUGGUCGUCGUUGCUUAAGGUCGCUAAAAGAACCCUUCAAACCUCACCACUCCACCUCCAAAACAUCUUGAAUGCUAAAUUGCGAGGUUCCGAAAUCUAUCGAACCCAUCAAAUUUGUCAAAAAUUCAUAGAACACUGGUUGUAAAAGCUGAUGUCCAAUAUCUUGUGUGCUAUUGAUAUGUCAAUAUGUUGUGCAAUAUUGGUGAGCGCCAUGUUCGCUGUAAUUCAAAUUUUGGGUUGAGUAACUAAAGUAAGCAAAGCGUUGAGUAAGUAAAGUAUUAUACCAAACCACCCCUCAAAUUUACAAUCUUAUGACAGAAGUGACAUGAUCAUACCACACGUUUCAAAGCGCUAAUGCGUAUUUAUUUUGCUAGUUUUGCUCAUUUGACAGUUUGACUUUUUGACGAAUUCAAUUUUCAGAAGCUGAUUUCUGAUGACCGUUUCCGCUCCGAGAAUGAGGAAGACCCCGAAAGCCAACUUCCGGUUCAAUUCCUGUCCACAGUAGCGUCCACUCCCUCCCUGGCAGACGAAGUACAAGUGGAAGUGAUGAAGGUCCGUGUCAUUAUGUCUUUAUUUCUCUUGUAUCUAUCAGUACCGCAUAAAUUAAAUAUUUUGCUUUAAGGUCGACUGAGAUAGAGUGUUUUAAUUGCGUUAAAAGUGUGCCUCUUUGAUUCUUUGCUCGGUGCCCACAAAAGGCAUCGCGGUCAAGCAACUGAAAGCAAAUAAAGGUUUUUUAAAGAACAAACCUUUAGACAAAAGUGUAGACUGAUAUAUUCGUCACUACUGGACGUUCUCAAUUCAACUCUUCGUUUCUUUUCAGACUUUUUUUUAUCUAGGCAGUUAUUCAUUUCAGCUAAACAGACCAAAGAUUUGAAUUUCCUGGGGUCAAUUUAAUAAAACCUUUACACCCCGUCCAGUAAUUUACAAGUGUAACUAUUGUUCUCAGACUCUAAAACAAUGGCUACACUUGUAAAUUACACGUGUAAAAAUUUUAUUAAAUUGACCCAGGUUUCUUUCUCCAAUUUACAGUUACGAGAGACACUUUGAAAACUUUCUGCUUUCCGAAUUCAAUGAGAUAAUAAGCAUGUACAACAUGAUUUCUUCAUAAGUAUACCUUUUAGGCGCUUCAUCUUUGUUAACAAAGACUGUAUAUCACUUUUUGUCAUUCAAUAACAGCUCUUACUGAUUAUAACCUGUUCUGCCUCUUGUGAAGUACACGGGGAAUAUCUCAUCAAACUAGCGGAGGUGAGGCUUAUAAUUAGUGAUAAUCAACUUUGGUUUGCAUGAACGUUUCCGAGCGGGUCAUACGAGAUUUAAGCCGGAUUAAAGCAAUUACUUUGCCAAUCUAGACACCCCAAAAAAAUUCAAAAACCCAAUCAGAGUAGGAGGAAAACAUUUCCAGCCUGCGAAAAGCGUUAAUAAGCAUCUGGGAAACAAAGUGUGAACAAGUCAUAAAUGGUUUCUGUCUUUUAAUUGGACGAGGUCAGUCUUCUUGAGAAUUGUUAACCAAUUGCAAAGACUAAAGCAGUGUAAACUAACAAAAAAAGAAUGGGACAAAACUUGAGAUUAGGGAUAGAGAGGUCAGUUUGUGUGCACAGUGUCUGCUUUAAAGAUUCAAACUUUGUUUGGUUACUUAAGACUGCAGCUCUACAAAUUCCCCAAUUUUGUAAUACCGCUAUAGGCAGCAAAGUUAAAUGUUAUUUUUAGAGAAAAGAGUCUUACCUUACGCUUCAUAGCUGUUGUAAACUAAGUAUAAUGCGUCGGAAUUUGAACAGUCUAACUUCUUUGUGAAAACUAAAACUUGUUUAUGAGCAACAUACAAUAUUCACAUAAACGGAUUUAUCCAGUGAGGGUGAUCCAAAUACCCUGCUUAAUUUUUGUGAAUUAAAGGCCUUUUCAUAAGGUGAAGAAAUGAUAAGACCCGGGUAAUAAGACCAGCAUUUCCAGUUUUUCAGAGGCAUAUAGUAGUGGAGGAACUACCUUUGUUAAACGAUUCAACUUAAAGGGUAAUAAGUUACAUCUACUUCAAUUUCGACAGAUAUGCAUCGAAACCUACACGCGCUCUCAUCAGGUCGCUACCAAGACAGCGUGUCGAGCCACCUUAACACAAAUGUUAAGCUCAGUAUGUCACCGUCUACAAGACAGUCUGGCUAGUCACGUGGUAAGAAAAAGAAACUGAUCACGCGCAGUCAAAAGCGUGCGUGAGCUCUGGGGUGCUUAACAUUUGACAGAAAAAUCCGGUUGGGGUGUCGAAAGCAUAAUAAUGGUAAGCGAUUUACCAGUUUACCGGAGAAUUAACAUAUCCUUUACGGUCUGAAUCCCAAAAUGGGGCGAAUUCGUGUUGCGUCCAUCUGGAACCGAGAAGGAACCGAGAAAUUGGUAAAUGGUAAGCAACAUUCCGUUUGGUUCGUACCAACAGGAAUGAAAAACCUAGUCCUCUAUUUUCGGUUGGAAUUUCCGAAAAGUGACCUUACCACCUUCCAUCCGGAAUUUUCGAAGUUUUGUGUCAAAUGGUAAGCACCCCUGGUGUCGAGAAUGAUAUUAGAAAUGAGUUUUGUUCUACAGACGCGUUAAGCAGCACUCUUGUCUCCAGUAGUGACAAUUAAUGAUGCAUUUGUUUAGCGUGGGCAUCUUCUUUUGGGGCACUAUAAACCUUUAAAUAUAAUGUUGCCGUUGAGUGCCUGUCUCAUGCGGUGCAUCGUUGCCAAUGUAAAUGUUUAUGUGGAAAUUGGGCUUAUAAAUAAGCUAAGUGGACUGGGGAGACAGCCCAAGAAAAGACACUAAAUACGUUUAAUGUUAUGUAUGAUUAUUGUGGUUUUAUUUCAGACAUCUAAAAACUCCCCUUCAGAAUCCAAGAUCGUAAAACGUAAGUUUUAUUCUGUUUUCGUUAUCUUAGAACAACCUGUCAUUCAAAACAGUGAAUGUGACAAAAGUAUUAGGAUUUACCACGAAACCAUGAGGUUUCAUGAAUAAAAUCUUCUACCUCAGCUGUAGAGUUGUGGAGUUUCAAAUCUAUCUGAAUGUAAAUCUGAAAAAAAUCAUUUUCCUCAGGCGAGAAAAACGGACAAGGUGGCCGAAUACAUUUUGUCCUCGCCGACCGAGACCGAUAUAAAUUUCUCCCAGACGGAUCAUUUAGUUCGUCUCUUGUCGUAAUUCUUUCUGAAUAUGCCAACCAAUCCCAUAAUAUCAAAAUUUUAAUUUUUUGUGACGUCACACUUUUCUUCUCCCCUCCCUCUUCAUGUAUACAGACACAAACCAUGCUUCAGAUCAAGCCAAGCUGUUAAGUCAAGACGUGGUGUUGUUACUCAAACAUUUCUGCUUCAGGCUUACCGCUGGACCAAGGUGGGUGGAAAAUAAAAUAAUUAGUCACUUUAAUGUAGCAAACACAGAGAAAGAAUCUAAAAAUAUUUGAUCCUAAAAUGAGCUAAAAAAAAUACAGUUGAGUUCACUUUACAGCGAAGAAGACUUCAAUAAAAACUUAUCAAUAUAUACGAAAUAUUUUCAACUGAUCAAACUUCAGAGACGAGAGUUAGUAUACGUUCACAUAUUUUUUUUCUUUUUAUGUCGCUGGAGAAUGUUGUAGGGGUUGGGUUCUUUUGAGAAAUAAUAAUUCAGUCUUCAACAAAAGUUAUAAUCAUUCUUGGGUUUUUGUGGGAUACUUUUAUAAAAUUUCAUUUUACCAGCCAAGAAACAACUAUGGCAAAUAAAAAUGCUAAUUAGUUGAGGGAAAUAUGGUGUACAAUAAUCAUAAGCAGUAGUUUCUUUUAUAUACAAUAUCUCAAAAAACAGAAAACCGACAAAAUAAUGCCAGUCAAAUUCUAUCCUCUCCUCAGCGAACAUACAUUGAUACCGUUCAAGAGUUUUCACAAAAAUCUGUUUCAAACUUAACAUAGAAAGUCCUUCUAACAGACAUUUUGUUAAAUUUUAUAAACCAUCCAGUGUUUAACAAAGUUCUUUGUUAAGUAGAAUUGAAGCGCCAUGUGGCUUUACUUUAAAAUGCGACGUGAUCCGUGUUUUCUCCUUCUUUUCUAUGGCUCAGCAUGAACAAAUAGGAGAAACACGAUUCCCAAGCACGCAACUUUAAAAAAGAUAAACAUUCAAAUCCGUCUCCAAAGUUUUUAGCUUUUACCACUGUCAGUGGUGAAAAUUUGAUCUUCGAAAACCCGUAUCUUUGUGUUACAAAUAAAUCUUCCAGUCCACCUCCAAGUUUUCGGUUGGUUUGCUUCUAAUUUUCCGUUUCGUGACCGGAGUUGUGUUUGCAACAUCACAUUGACUGGCAUAGAAAUUGUGGAGUAUUUCUUCAGGCCAUCUAUCGAGUAAGAAAUCACACUUGUGGAGUCCAACCGUUUUUUAAUCAAUUCAGUAAGGCUCUGACCUUCGUGGUCUUUCAAAGUCCGAUUUAAGGCUAAAUCACAGUCUGAUAUCAUUUCUUCCAGCACUGUGCCAGUUCAAGGCAGUCAAGCCAUUCCUCUCUAUUUGGAAGCCAUCUUGGUUAUGCUUAGCAGCCUUUCUACAGCUCUGCAGCAGGAAAAAGAGUUCAUUAAUGUUAUUUGGUAAGUUAGAAAUCUUGCAUUUUGAUGUUGUUGUUUCGUUUUUUAAACUUUGGUAAAAUGUGCAUAUUAUUCUACCCUCCAGUGUCCAAAUGUUAUCCAUAGUAAAAAUGUUAACAAAAUAAAUUUUUGUUAGCAAGUGGAUUUCUAUUUGUCCAAUUGCUUACCGUUACCUUUCGUCAUGUGAAUUGAAAAAUGGGAUCCUAAGCUUUUAUGCCUUAUUACGUUGUAAGUUUGUUGAUUUAUCACUGUAAAACUAUUGAAUACUGGUUGAAUUUUAAACUUAUACAACAGCUUUUGGUCUAAUUGAUUGAUUGUUUCGAGUUUUCAUUGCUACACUUUGGUUCGCAUCCAAAUCCCUCGUCCCUUUGUUUGUAAUUUGUCGGAGAUCAAACCCGUACUCUCCCGCAAGCAAAUGUAUUUCUAGAUGUGAUAUGUCUAUAUUGCCUGUUUUCAUUGGCAAGAUCAGAUGAUUUGAAAUUCUUGCGAUGUAACUUAGAAAAUUCAAACUCGUCCCCAGGGCUUUCCCUCACUAUUAAGGAGUUUUUAAGGGAAAAGUCCUGGGGAGGAGGCUGCAACGUUUUUCUGAUAACAUCGCGAUUUAAUUAAACAAUCAGAUCAAUACUAGAGUUUAAUACCAUUAACGGACGUGAUACAACUAACUUUGACUCCGAAGAUGACUUCCACACAGGUUGUUUAAACGUCCGUCACUGUCAACAAUUUGCCCCAUGUGAGGUUAUUCGGGCUCUGGAAUCUGGCAAAUUUUUGCUCGGGGAAUCCGUAAUCCCGGGCUUUUAAAUCAGGAAUGCAGCUCAUGGAAUCCAAGUUCCAGUGACAACGAAUCCGGAAUCAAGUACCUGGAAUCCGGAAUCCACAGCUCGGAUUCCGGAAUCCAAGCCUGUCUCGAUUACCUUACAUAAGAUGAAAUUUAACAACAGUCCUAUUCACGUCUAAACUCACCCGGACGAUCAUACUCCACCUACUUGUGAAAUGCCUCCAGAGUUCAAACCUUUCACUCUUUCUCUUGAUCAGGCAACUUCUGUGUCCAGCUCUUAUCCAGUUACUUGGUAGCCCCUUGACAGACCUAAACAAACGUCCUAAAGCCAACACUCAGUUCCAAGAGGAAAUCAAUCGAGGCGGCCGGGGAAUAGGGAACUUUGCGAAGUCGACGGCAAUUGUGGGCCCAAUUCCAAGGACCAUAUAUAACAUAGCCACAGAGCUCCUGCGUCUGGUGGGUCCUUUAGCCGCCAUGAGACCUGUUUUAGAAUCGCUGUUUCAUCGCAUUAUUCUCUAUCCACCGGCACAGCAGAGGACAGAGGCACUGAGAGCUUUGAAAGAGGUAUGGUGAACUUUUUCAUCCGAAAGGAAUACACAACAAAUAAUACCCUUUUAUUUGGAAGGUUUUCGUCUACGGUCACCCUUAUCUGUGGAAAAAAAGGAUUGGAGAAAAAUUAUAUUAACAUUAUAUAAGAGACAAGCGAUAUAUGCCUAGAAUAUCUGAGUCAUAUGUACGUGUCAGAUCGAAACACGAAAAGACCACGAGCUCAAAUAAAACUACCGCGUCCACAACAUGGGUUUAAACUAAUCACAGAUUGGGUAAAUUAUCAUGAAGGCACGAGAAUCUGUUCUCUUGUAUCAUUUUCUCUUAUUUCAGUACCUGAAGGAGAUCAUGUGCCCCAUAAAGAAUAGCCUUCACAGCAUGGGUGCAAGCGUGAUUAUGAAUAUAUUGAAUAAAAUGCCGGGCACUAAGAUCGGUUUUCGUGCUUGAUGUAAAAACAACCUUGUUUCAUAGCAUGAGUCUAUUCACGAUACUAGACAUACAUGAUACUAUAUCAUGAGGCGCGGGAAAUUUGUUCCAUGGUAUCUCAUUUCUCGUAUCAUUUUCCUUUGUUCAUUAUCAGUUUAUGAGUCAAUAGCCCCGUUUGUUUGAAUACCUUUGACUAGUUUAUCCUGGAAUGUAUGUCGCCAGGCCCAGAGAAGGGUCGUUACUGAUUAGAUCUUUGAUUCGUCCCUAGUUUCUUUCAAGUCCUCAGCGGCUUUUGGAUGCAGCAGGGCCCACAAUUAUCGACAAGGAUAAUCCACCGUCACCCGACUCCCCGACCGAGCAGAAAAAAACGGAACUUGAUUUACUGCGACUGUAAGUACAAUAAAUAGAUAUAAACACAUAAUGGUUGUUUAUCUAACGUAUCUCUGCUUGAAUUGGAAUCUGAAAUGCUGGUAUUUUGGAGGGAGAAAAACCGGAAUCUCAGACAAAAUCUCUAAAAGCAGGGUCAAGAGUUACCAAUAGCCUCCACUCAAAUAUGAACGCUCGGUCUAAGAAUCGAACCUACAUCACAGAACUUAGAAGUGAUCGCCAGCGUAUUGGCCGGAGCACCAACCGAAUUUCCUUGAUAGGGAAAUGAAGAAUAGCUAUAAUAACUUAGUAGACUCCACAAUCCUUAUCUUGUGAUUAAUACCGAUUUUUAGGAGAUUUCAAUCACUGUUAGACUUUCUGAACUGUUAUUAGUGUUGAGUCAAUCUAAAAACAAUUUCCUGACGCUUCACGCGAUUUUCCGUCUUUUUAAAUCGCUAAGAUGUGUCUUCGCAUUAAUUGCAGUCCAAAAUAAUGGUCAGGUUUUGUUAUUUUUCAGUCAAGAUUAUAUUUAGGCGUAGAAACUGUUUCCUGUCGUCUGGUGCUAUGGAUGGACAUGGAUUAAACUUGAAAAAGUGGGGCUUAAAUUUUCAAAGUUUUAAUGCUAUGCCCGCAAAAGUCAGCACAAAAGGGCUUCAUGAUGAAAUUUUUUAUGAAACCCUUCUUGACUUCAUAACUAUACAACAGCAUUUUUCUAUAUGGGUAAAGACGUCAGCACAGAAUUGACUAAAACCAACAAGAACUUCGUGUCCUGCUCUCUUUAAGUGUUCUGUUUUAAGCUGUUACUACUAUUACUUGCUUCUAGCUUGAUGGACGGCAUUGUUGAAUCAGCCCGCUGCGCUGACAGUACUGUGGUCAGCUGCAGUGUAGCAUGCGUAGUAGCUCUAUUAGGAUCGUUGGAAGAUUUAAGUCAAGGGCGAGGACUUAGUGACGAACAUAUCGAGUUCCUGAGCAAAAUGAAGGAGACUGAUAACUGGGAAAUACUCAAAGAACAGUACAACAACGCUGCGUCAGCCAGGGAAACGGGCAUUUCAGCCAAUGGAAGAGUCAAUGGUGCAGAAAGUAUUUAUAGACAGGGAGAUCGAAUCUCUCCAGACGGAGAUAUCGAGUCACUGACGGAACGCUUUGAGAAGAAUGGAGGGGUUUGGGACAAUAUCGCUGAUGGUGAAGUUAAGAAUGACGGUAAGGAUUUAACCUUACUGUCGUACUCCUAAUAUGAAGUCAUUUGGAGGUUGCAUUCUUUUAAGUUUAAAAACUGUGGGCUGCAAACGAAUAAACUUUCAAGCGUCUUGUGCUUCUUGUUAGGAUUUUUGACUUGGCAUUAGUUGUAUCUGUAGAAAAUUGCACCCUGACAACCUUUAGACAAUGUUAUUGUCCCGAGAAGGAAGGUUGCACUCAAGGGAAGUUUUGGCAUAAGGUGCCGCCGAGCCCUUCAAUCCCUAACCCUGAUCAAGACAAAAAUUCGUCUAUUUUGCUGACUGUUUAAGACAGAGACCUGAUUUCAUGAACCUGAUUAUUUCGUUUCGCACACAAAAUUAAGCAUUUUUUUACUGACUAACAUCAUGGAAUUAUACUUUUUUUCGAAAAAACGAUGUUGGUACCACGCAUCUAGACCGCCUUUCGCCAAGCUGCAUACACUUCAAGUGGUAGAGGAAAUCCAUGGGUAAUGCUUAUCGGUAUGUUUUUCAGUUUCAGAUGAUGAUCCUGAGAUAAAACCUCUCAUCCCAAAGAGCGUUCACUUCGCCUCUGAGGAUGAAAUCACCAUGUUUGAAGCCCACGAGAACGAAAAUAUCAAAACUUCACGCACGGCCAUUCCCGCACGUUCAGGAAUUCCUCGCAAGAGCAACCUUCCGAGAAAAGUUGGGCCCAACUACUCCCAGGCUAACACGAGGACAACGGUAAAACGCUCCUCGUCAUUUGACAGUAAGACGCGUCAAAAGCCUACCAUACAGAAACGUACUAUGAGUGGUGGACCUCGCCAGCGGGACCGCGCAGGCUCGGAUGGCGGCGAUAUGUCAGAACGAAGGCCGUAUUUCCUUUCUUGUAUGGACAAAGACAAUUUAAAAACGGUGAACAAGUUUGGCCUUCGCCGAACUCAGUCUGAUAAUGAUAUUUCAGCGAAAAAGAGUUCUCCGAUUCUGGAGCACUUCCAGUUGAGAAGGUCAAAUUCCUGGUCAGCUUUGGUUUACCAUAGUGAAGUUACCACUGAUGAGGCUGGCAAAAGAAGAAACACUCCACCAAAGAGAUCUAACAGAGGUGGAAUUCCACGACCCCGCGCACAGGCUGCGGGUGAUUCUACCCUGGUGUCAAAACCAGGUUUGAGGAAAUGGCCAAGUGAUGGGAAAAGUUUUGAUCCCAUUAACAGAAAAUUGUCUGAUCAACCCCUUUCAAUGCAGCGCAAGUACGUUGAAUCUAAAGCAAAUAAGAUCGAAGCCAGAGAAAAGGCUUUGAGGGAGGAAAAAGAUCGAUCGCCCACGAAAGGUUCCCGACCUACACUUCGGAGAACUCGAUCGGCUUCCGAAUACGAUCGUAAACAAAAUAAUGUCAAUAGUGAUAAGCCGAAGGGAAUUCUGCUUAAAAGCCAUAGUUUAGACGAGCCUGAAAGUUCUAGAAGCACACAAAUAUCACCAAGGAAAAAUACAUCUCAAGGGGUGAAAAUAAAUGGCGUUUAUGUAAAUAAGGAAAAGGAAAAUGUUGCGGCAAAACCGUCGCUGGACAAAAAGAAAGCAAAGGAGGUGAAGAAAAAUGUUGAGGAGAAUGAGAAAGAAGGCGCAAGAAACUUUGCUCGCUGUCUACUCGGCAUUCUACCAUCGGUGUUGAGUCUUUCUGAUCCAGUUGCUGUUGACGAGGCGCUGCAGCAGUUUGCAUCUGACGUCUGUGAGGCGGUCACGUGCAUGGCACUAAAGCGCAAGAAUGUGCCAAACUUCGGUACGCUUCGGGGACGGUCGGAUUUGGUCGAUGAAAAGUCAGGUGAAGGAGCGAUGUCGGAUCCAAGCUUCCCCAUCCUCAAUGCAGAUGGUGUUUACGUAACUGUUUACGCGACUAUGACAUUGAAUUUGAAAUUACUCAAAUCUGGCUAUUAUCGAAAGAAAGCAGUAGAACCUGCAAUGAAACAGGUAAUUUACUAUAAUUUAAUUACGCUCAGCACAAAUAUUUGCCCCAUUUACCGCCGGUGCGUAGUCCCACACAUCCCGUUAAAGACGGACCCUAGUCACCUGGGCCUUUUCGGAAAGCAGUGUGGGUUCUUUUACAUCCUAAUUGAAUGUGAAGGAGAUAAGCCAACGAUUUAGCGACAAGUCCCACGGACGCAGUAUCCGAACAGGCGACUUUCGAGUUCCAAAAACCCUCACUUUUAAAAUGAGGCCAAGUGCACAACCUUUCUUGUGAAAACAAGUUUUAUUUGCAUGAGAAUGAAAAAUCAUUUUCAUAUCAAAGGCUGAGCUCUUAACCUCGUUUUGAUACAGAGGCCCGGGGGAACUCAGAAAUGGCCAACUGAGAAAGUUUGGCGAGGUCUUUGUAAUUCCUUAAAAACCCCGUUUGUCUUUUAUGCAAAACCCGCACCUCCUGCUCUGCCAGCCAACGUUGGGACCCAUAGCAGAGUUCUGAAUAACUCUUUCGCAGGUGGCGGGGCAUGAUGUGGUGAGAAAAGUGAUUGAAACGAGAACCGCUUGAAAAUUCUUCAACCCGCAGGAGGUAGUCAAAAGGAAAAACACCUAAGGCAACACUCCUAAACUCAUCUGGAAACAACAAAAAACAGCUUUCAAUAUUUGCCAAGUAAAACUGCCACAGUUCCCAAAACUCUGUCUAGGGGUCUUACAGCUCCUUUCUGGUGUAUUGGAUUAAAAUCCAGUAAAGGUUUUAAAUCGACUUACAGGACAUAACUGACCCCCCACAUACAACGUCACCCUCUGUCGAGAGAGAUUAUUGGUCUUUUGUUCCCUGAUUUUUGUGCCUGCAAAAUCAAAACUUCCAGCGCAAAUGCGCAACACAAAGGCAAAGAUUAGGCAUUUUAGAAAUGAAAGAAAUUUUUUGUCCAACUCUUUGUUCCCGAAACCUUUUGAGACUGGCAUCCAGCUAUCGUUUAUCAUUGUAUUUGUUUUUCUUUAAAGGAGGAAUUCAUCGAUAACAUACUCAACAGCGGAGUUCCCAUCGGUCUAUCCUCAGUGUGGCUGGGUGAACUAUAUCGUCUGGUAACAACUUAUAACAUUCUAGGAAAAGCAGGUUACACUUUGGACUCACCUGAUACCAACCGCGCCCUUAUCAAUACAUUAAACGACAACAUGCUCUCUGAAGAUGAUGACAGUCCGUUCCUGCACCACAAGAAUCCCAGCACGUUACCGCCGGCUAAAAGAGAGGGGAUGAAGUUUGCUAGACGUGUGCUCUUAGCUACAUGGGAUUCUGUGUUAGAGAUUCUAUCAGCGCCCUUAGAGACCUCCACUACAGGUUAGGUGAUUACUUGUACAAGCGUAAGAGAACACGUUGUUUCCAAGGGAUGGAGCUUUUUGUGCCUAGGGCAUUCAAGUUUUUUGCCUUAGAGUCAAACUAAAACUCUUUACAGAAUCCGGAAUCUGCUAAAAUUUUGCUUGUGGAAUCCAGGAUACAGCUGAAAAAAUCAAGUACCCACUAUCGAUUGGAAUCCAGAAUCCAAGUUCCACUGACAAAGACUAGAAUCCAGCAGCUGGAGUCCACUACCGAAGGCUGUCUUCAAUUUCCUUACAUGGGGCGAACAAAAUCCAGAAAAAGAUAAUUGCUGUCUCGUUAUGGUUAACAAUCAGCAUUUCUUAAAUUGAAAUCGAGUAAAGAUAUUUAAGAUUCGAUUGCAGAAUGAAGUGGCUUCAGACCAAGUUUUCCAUACCUUACGAAAAAAGGAGAUUAGGUUUCUCAUAUACGCUAAACAGAAAAGCAGAGAUAAGCAUCUGAAAGUGAUCAUCUCUCUUUGUUUUUACGUUCAAGGUAAACGUGAAUAAAAGUGCAAAGUUUUCGGAUCGAUGAUCGCCGACAGCAAACGACAAAUAGCAAUUAAUUUUGGUGGUCAGAUCAAGAAGCGUAAUUUUUAAUCUCAUCAACGUCGUAGAGUAUCUUACACGUACUUUAGAACACUCUUUUAUUUCACGCCAGGGAGUACAAAUGGUGUUGGUGUAAUGCUUGGUGGAGAAUCCAAGAGAGAUCACAAUCGUGAGCGCGACACGAUCUGUCUCAGCCUGGACGGCCUGCGUCGUGCAGCACGGCUGUGCUGCACGUUAGGAAUUCAAACGCGCUGUGAACUGGUCCUUGCCCAAUUAGCCAAUGCUUCCUGUGGAAUAGAGGGCCUCGAUGGAAAACGAGGACGAUCAUCUUUUUCAGCAGGACACAUAAAACUACACGCUGCGCAUGUCUUGAGUAUGGAUGGACUGCUAGCCGUUGGGGUAGAACUUGGCAGCCACGCCCCAAAAUGCUGGAAACACGUGUUCAGGUAGCUUUUACUUUUACCUCUCCACUUUUCUCUCUCAUCAAUCUUGAAUGAACUGACACGCUAUCGCUUGACAUUUAAUGGAGAUUAGGUCUUAGUUUUUGCAAAACGUGGGCAGUGAUUUAUAGUCACAAAUGUAUUGGCCUCCUGGCAAGUUUAGCAGCGUUACUGCUUUGAAUGUUUUGUUGAAAAUUGUGAUUAGUUUUACCAGAAGUAAGCAGUGGCGGACCUUUACUGCCCGUUACUUUUAUAUCCAACCAAAUAAAAGAACUUCAACGUUUGAUUAUCUUACGGACUGUAAUGAAAAGACUUAGUUACAGAGUAACUUAAUUUUAUAUCUUUCAGAUGCUGCACGUUCAUAUCACAGUUGGAACGCGUUAAUUUUAGUAAUGGCGUAGGAGAACAGACUUCGCUUGGUGGAAUACCGAACUCUGUCCGAAUAAAUAACGACAUAUCUUCGCCCUUUUCUGAAUCUUCAAGUAUUUCUGACUACCUUUCCGGUGACCUUUCACCUAAUGGCAUGAUCCAACAGAAUUCCGGAGGUGGCCUGGACAACACGCCAUCGAACAACGGACUGUUGACUCCAGCCGAUGCCUCUCGGGCAAUUUACGCUCUUUCAGCCGCGGUGGAUCGACUUUUCGAACACGCCGCUAACACGCUUCACCUUGAGGGCCUAUUGUCUUUUCUCGAAGCCUUGGUUUUUGCUUCAAAGAGUCAGCUCUAUGGUUCCGUUGAUAAAGGUACAAAUUCUCCUGGCGGAGUUUCUGGUAACAACCAAUCACCAUCUUACAGCACAACCCUGCAUCUGUAUCGACUGGCCGAUGUGAUACUCAGAAGCGCCCGCAAUACUAGUAGACCGCUGUUGCAUCUCAUGAGAGCAUGGGCAGUAAUAUCACCACAUUUUGUCGAGGUUAGUGGAAGUGAUAAAACUUUCUGCUUGCGUAGGACGUUUUUGAGAGGCAGUUGACCCCAUAACGUGACGCAAAGCUUUGUUGUUUAAUUCGUUUUUCAAAACAUAUCCCAUGCUGCCCUUCCAGAGAAGCGUGAAUGGUACUUGCAUUGCAUUCCUUCCUAAUACCGAAUGUUGACUGCCUUGCUAGUCACCACCACAUUAAAAUGUGAUUUUUUUAAAACUUUUUCUUCGUUAUUACAUUUGUUAUGAACUCUCAAUAACUCGAACUCCCGAUAACUCAAACUUUUUUCGAUUUCUUGAAGGUUCAAGUGAUCGGGAGUCGACUUUAUGAUGGGCAACAAAUACUUAAAGGGCCUUUCUAACGUUUAGCCGUCUUCAAAACGGAAAAAAAAUUAUCCUUUCCGUCCCCACCUCCUCCAAGCAAUGUUGAGCUACUAGGUGAACGCUUUUUCAGAAAGGAAAAAUAACCGAACCUUGAAUGGAGGGAAGAAGGGGUCGGUGUGCAGAGUGUUGCGUUCUCCAAAGUACCCUAUUUAAUGACAGUCUCUUCAAUUUUGUCACGGAUUCUAGCCAGUGCACAAUUUUCAUUUAAAGGUUUGUGAUUGAACGUCAUGGCAAUAUUUCAAGACCACCCUCCCCCAUGUGUUUUCUGACUAGAAAAAAAAACCUUUAAAUGCACAGGUGCACAACUCAUAUAUAAAACUCACACGUUCAUUCUUGCAGGAAGUAUUAUGUCGGCAUUACGUCAAGGGGCUGAUUUAUCAGAGGCAAAUACUUAGGCUAACAAAAUUAGCCUUGAUUCCUCAAGACCAGGGAUGCACUGAAAGCAAUUGACAGCCUGCUAUAAGGCGAACAGUGUAUUAAAUCACUUAGUAAAAGUAUAGUGCAACUACCUUUUCUCAUUACCGUGGUGGUGACGCUUGUCCGCUUUAUGACCCCAAAAGCUAGGCCAGGUUUCACCCCUUGUAGCCAAUCCGGAGUGGUGAAGGGUUAGGAGAUACACUAAGAAAACCCCCUGGCCAACUAUUCUUGGGAUUCGGCGUGUUACCUCUCAUUAUAAAAAAUUCAGUUUAUUAUUCAAACAGAAAACGUUACACGUUUCCCUCUUGAAGAUAAAGAAUUGAUAGUGAUGAUGAGGAUGAUGAUGAUGAUGAUGAUGAUGAUUGUCUACACAGGCUGCCUCUCACAGCGACAGACACAUCUCCAAGCUAGCCAUCACGUCCCUUCAAGACAUAAUGACAGAGCUUCUUAGCAACCGCAGCGAACUCCCUCACUUUUGGUUCCACGAGGCGUUGUUUAAGCCCCUAGAUGGAAUCAUGUCGUCACCCAAAUGUACUGAAGAGGAGCAAGAACAGGUAAGGAGUGAAAACGUUUUUGUGUCGUUUUAUACUCUUUUAUCAAGAAUCGAAUGCGUUGUCUAAAACCUCUAUAGGCGAAUCUCUGUCUACUAUUUUGUUCUUUAUUAGUAUAAACUUGUCAUUUCCCGUUAAGCUUUGAAGGACAUAGCACCGUUAUCUCCCUCUGAAACGUUCUGACUAAUUUAAAAAAAUGCUGUAAAAUAUUUGAUGUUAAAUGCUCGAAAUUUUUCAAAGAAUGUAUGAACCCUUUGAAAAUUUUACCACCCGAAAAUUUUUAUUCUUUGAUGACUGAUAUCUGCUAAAGUAAUAAAUGCAAUGAACUAAAUAUUGCGAAGGAUACUUAGUUUACCGAGCUCUUUCAGUCAUUGAACUCAAUCCGGCUUAUUUAGCGUUUUUAGUUACUUUUCUAUGAAGUACUUAAUAUGUUAGUAAAGCUGAAGCUGAAAUAAGGAAAGUAUAAGAAUUGACCGAUUUUCUCUCCUGUCAGAUAUUAACAACGAUUUCCCAGCUUGUGGAGACACAUCUAAGUAGCAUCAAGUCUGGUUGGAGACCAAUAUUUUCUGCCCUGCGUUUUAUGCCAAUCUAUCCCAGCAAGUUUACAGACGCCCUAGAGCCGUAUCGCAGACCUCAAAGAGUCCUCGACAUUCUCUCAGCGUUUCUUAACAACAAAAACUCGUCGGUUUUCGCAGCCGCAGCUUCGGAGUGCAUCCAAACGCUGCUCAAGUUUGUUCGUGGCUCGGAUUGUGAUCAAAACUACCAAGGAAGUCGAAGUGAUUCUGACAACAAUGAAAGUAGUGACGCGGGAACAGUCAACGACUUGUGUCUACCGGCCCUGCAGGAUCUUUUGACCAUGUCAAAAAAACUGGGUUCUAUCUAUAUAAUGCCUUCAAGUCUGGUAUUUCACGGUUCUCAUAAUGUUCGUUUGGUGGAACAUGUACCUGAAUAUCCAGGAACUCCUAGCCCAACUUCAAGUUCCAUUAAGCCAAAUGAAUCAACCAAUCAGAAACCAAAAUCCCAAACACCCACUAUGACGUCCGCGGCUUCUAUCACGUCAAUAGAUGACACCGGGGUACUUCGAGUAUGGUUCCUUUUGCUAGACGGGCUCACAAAAGUCGUUGCGCAAUGCCCUUGCAAAUAUCAGCCCCAAACCUUAGAGGUCUUGUUUGAUAUUCUGCGGUCUAUUACAACCGUUCCAGGCCCUCACUUUUCAAUCUAUGUCAUUACUAAUCUACUGCUACCUAUGUUGGAAUCGUGGGUGGAAAGAGGUAAUAGAGAUGGAAGCUACUGGGAGAGUACAGCAGGAAACUUCAAACACUCUUGCGGACUUGUCACAGAGCUUGUAGUCGAAGAACUGGGCCAGUUUUUAAGCGUUCAAGGUAGACUUCUUUAAUUGAAUUUCGUAUACAGAAAGCGAUUUGUCUGAGUGUUAAAUUAACUAGGGUGAAUAUUAACAUUCAGGGGAGGGUAGACUCGAAAAGGACUAUUGGUGACUAUGAAAUCCUGUGCCGAAGCUAUAGGGGAGCAACAAUGGCGUAGUGGUGAGAGCACUCGACUCCCACCAGACUGACCCGGGUUCAAAUACCGGCGUCGAUCCCACAUGUGGGUUGAGUUUGUUGUUGGUUCUGUCCCUUGCUCCAAGAGGUUUUUCUCCGGGUACUUCGGUUUUCCCCUCCUCAAAAACCAACAUUUCCAAAUUCCAAUUCGAUCUGGAACGUACGGACACGUUUAAACGUGUUCUCAAGAACUCUUAAGUGUUUCGUGGGUAAACAGACUACAAUUUUUAUUCUAACAUUGGCUGAUGAUGAAUUUCACGCAGGUUGUCCCAAUGUCAUCUUUCACUAUAACAAUCGCUCAUCCCAUUCAGGACUACACUCACCCGGACGUAAAAAUUCAACCUACCUACGGUAUUACUCUUGGGUACCAAACCAUUAGCAGUGUAAACACGAACUUUUUUGUCUCUAUCUUUUACAUAGCACAGUUAUCAUGUCAUCUGUUUCAACCAUCGCCGCAAGUAUUUUCCAGUGCGCUAAAAUGCCUUCCGAGGCUUUCAGCGUCUUUCCAUCUGUGGUCUUAGUACCAGUUUACCAGGGGUGUAAACACUCCCUUUUUCUAUCUCCAAUUUCCGUCCCUUGCUUUUUAAGGUGCAGCUGAAUGUGUUCCUGAGAUGAUGAAACAAACUCUUGAUCUUCUGUUGGAAUGUGUAUCUCAGCCUGUAGAGGGAAUAGCCCGUCUUGGAUGUUCCUGUUUAAGGUAAAUAUUAAGCCUUUCGUUCACUGGUUCAGCUUCUCUACCAUUCUCUAGCAGUCUGAGCUACAGGGUACUCGAAGGAUCUAAGGCCAAUAAACCGAAAUUGAACCGAAGCAGCGGUGGGUUGCGCAAGAAUGCGUACGUCGAUAAUGUUUAUCACAGCUAUUUGUGUUCUACUUCUGAUUAAGCUACAAUGAACCAGGAACAAACGCGCUUAGGGCUAUUAAACUACGUUCAUAUUACAAGGAUUCCUGCAUUCCGCUGGGCUUGUAGGUAUGUCGACAGGUGGCAUAUGAUGUUUUUAUUAAAGAAUCAUAAAGGGGCGGUUCCUUUAAGCAUUGUUAUGUGUCUUGCAUCUGUCUUAUGUUAUCCCAUGUCAAAUAAGGAAUGCUUUUAAUAUGAAUAACUUUUUUAUGAGACAGCUCCUAUUUUUAUGUCUUGAUAUUUUGCUCCGCAAUGAUAGGAAGAGCCAACGACAUUUUUUUUUUCAAUUUCACCUUCCCAUAAGCGGAACAACAUUAUGUUAUGCAGCAUUUGAUUUGGUGCUCCAACAAUAGAUUUUUUGCUCCCCUCCUUUAUUUACUUGAGGGGAGCCUUUUACUUUUGUUCAAGGCUAAAGCGGUUUACGAGAGAGUUUUCCCGCCAGGAAUGGCUAAGUACACUCACAACCUCACAACCCGACCAUUUUUAUUCCUCUAUCUAGACAUCUUUUACUCUCGGGAGGACCUGUAUUCACAGAGGACCUGUGGCUCAUUGUUAGCGAAGGCCUCAGGGAGGCAGUGCACACAACGCUCUCAAAUCUGAGGGACCUAGUGGCGUGCUUCCAGCCAGGAUCUUUCAGUGUACACGGAGAUGAGGGCAUGACAGUCAGAGUUGUUGCUAGGCGUGAUGUCUUAACGACCGAUAUAAUACGACUACAGCAAGUGGCAGAGCAGGUAGUUGUCACUCUUCGCGAGCAUUAGUCUCUGUACAUCUUAAAACCCAAUUCGUCCAUUCAAAUCCUGAGAACAAAAGAAAUACAUCAUAACUACUUUAGUUAAAGUGCGACUUUUAACAAUAAAGAGCACCAUUUAUUGGAAAUAUAUUCCACUUUCCUCAAUCAGGUCUUCCUGCUAGACAGUCAAGUAAACAAUCCUUCUACCCUUCAACAAGAAACGCAUGGGCCCGCAAACGAAGAAGACGACCAGCGGUCUUAUGUUUUUGUUUUGUCGUCAGUGGAGAACAAAGAAAAGCCAGAGAAUGCAGAAAGGUAUUUAGCUUUACUGAUGACAGAACGCGUCGACUUGCUUGAUACGUUAACCUUAAUUCCAGUCAUUUUUCGCGCAACUGUAGUAUUUUCUCGCCGUGUUGUAAGUGAGACACUGAUGACUGAUUGAAACCAAGAAGCUAUCAAUUAAGGCCUCCACUGACCAAAACAUUAAACUAUCUUUAUUGUAUAAUAUGGAUCAUAGAUAAAUGAAAGUGCGGCAAAUCACCUCCAUUCUAUUCAAAUGAUUGCGAUAACUCCAAUUGUCCGGAUAAUCCCGCGUUUCAGAAGCACUUCCACACCACGAUGGCAUACGGAGGGGACUGAGUAAAAGUUUCUGUAUAGUGGGUCUAUUCAAGUCAAGACUAACGUAGUCAGAAAGAGCACACCAGGCUUAACAAAAUCACCAAGCUUUGUAUUUUUCAAGCUGAUAUUGAACAAGACAAAGGCCGUCAAAAAAGUGCAAUUUAACUCUGAAAUGUAUGGAUUGAAAGACACGUUGUCCAGACGACUAUAUAUAUGUCACGGUAAACUUUGGAGUUUUUGAGUGGUGUAUCUUAUUAAGCAGUUCGUAGUUGUAUUAUCUGUUAGGUUGAGUGACACAAGUUGUAAACGGCUUGUUUUAGAUUGUACCACCGACUUUAUUUACCAAAGGGUUUCAUUACAAAUUAAUGGUUCUCUACUUGUUUCUAGGGUUCCUCUCCGUGGUUUACUUGUCAGUCUGCUAUCCCACCAGCUCCUGCUACAGACCCUUGGUUCCAUUCUCCUUGACAACGCGGAAAGCGUCAUGGCUCAUAGUUCGAUGCUAAGCAGCCCGUCCUCGUCGUUAGAGAGCUUUAGUAAUGAAGCAACUGAGGCGAGUCUCCCAGGCCUCUUAUCGUAUCUCUCACCCGCUAACCUUUCAGUGUUGUUUGAUUGCCUGAUGGAAUCACACAGUGUCGCGUAUGAGUUCAAUGCUCGACCCGGUCUGCGUUCAUUAAUACAGAAGCUUGCUAAACUGGACGCACCGGCCAAUCUCUUGCGGCAAUCUACCACUGCCUUUACUUGUUACCUUCACACGCUGUUUCAGAUUUGUAGACAUAGUGGAGAACACUUUUCCAGCUCGCAUAUAAAGCGUAUUUUGACUGGAGAUCGGGUUACUAACAACCAGGAAAAAGAAGACGAUGUAGCCAAAGAAGACGCGUCAGGAUCACCCGCGCGACAUAACGAUCUGCUGAAAGGUGAUCGUAACAUGGAUUGGAUUGUGCGGCGAUUGAACGAAGCUUGUGAUCAGCUUAGCAGCGUUUAUGUUCGUCUAUACAACCAGUACAAAAGUGACGCGCAAGGCAGCAUGACCUUUGAAGUUGAGCUUGAAAGAACCAUGUCUUUGUCAUCCACCUCGUCACCAGCUCGCGAUUCGUCAAGCUGGAGCCACAACAACGGUUAUGCGGACGAACCGUUGAGUUCUCCACUCUCGAAAACUUCCCCUACCUGGAGGAAAAUCCCAUCUUCGGAAAAAUUCCCGCGUGAUAUGAAAUCUAAGCACAUUCAACAGCUUCUCGAGGACGACAUGCGCAUGGUUGAGCUUGAAAGACAAUUCUUGAGGCGCAAGGAGGACGAACUGCUGCAAGUUAACAUAUGGACCAAUUUAGUUAUCACAAUGCUUGAACUUCUCUUAAAUUUACCAACACUACAAUUCAAGGCAGUCUUGCCAGCGGUCUUCCCCGCAGUAACGUGCUUGAUAUCUACCGGCGCCGACACCAAAGUCAAGCAGUUAGUUUGCGAAGUGGUGCGGCGAGUAGGGUCUAUAUAUGGCAUUUUAUAACGUCUUUUGUCAUUCAGAAUGAGACUCGAUGAGGAGACAAAAAUCUCUUUGAAAAACAAAGGAUAUUUUCAUUUGGGAUCGCCUGAUGAUUGAUAAAUUGGUUUAACCUAGAAAGUUCGAAAUCAUAAGGGGCGGUGGCACCCAGCUAGAGAACUUCUUUAAAAUUAAACGGAAUUGUUUGCUGGACGGAGAAUUAUACAAAUAGCUGACUAGACUUACUUAAAUUCACCAUCAUGUAGAACAUAAAAACAGUUUCAUAGGUGUCUUUAAUGCAGAAACAAGUAAUUGGAUUGAAGCUUGAGAUUUAAGUCGGGCCCACGUUUUCAAGUUUAUUUGGGUUCAGAGAGGAAAAAUCGGCCAAAAACCAUUCAUUAUGGUUUCCUCAGUGAGGGAACUGAUAUCUCUCUGCUUUUCCUAGUCGCCCUGCCUGCCGUGAUGAGUGUACUUUCACAAUUCCACUGAAGUAUGAGUUCAGAUAUGUUACAUUGUAGUUUACUGCCGCAGAAAAUUUGCAGAGCAUUAGCUCCCGCUACACUGGACAUUUAUGGGACCGUGUAAAUAAUCAAUGUGAAUUAGGAUUGAAUACUAAUGAUUGCUACUAAAACUACCGAUUGUUUCUCAAACGACCCCAAAAACCCUCGCCCGGAAACCUUUUGCCCGAUAGCCAUGAAAUAUCUAGAGAGUGAUUGUUCAACAAAAUUUUUGUCCUUUGUUGAGGUGACUGGCAAUAUAGUCAACUUUAGCCAAGGGUUGAGAGAAUUUUGAAUAAACUUUUCUCGUCUGCAGACAUGUACCUAAUUUAUAUGUGUAGUCACAACCAACCAACACAGUCUAAAACAAAGUAAACCCAACUGCAAGUUUAAAUUUUAAUCCCG